GAGGAGACGGAGGAGAGUUGCGGAAGCAGAGCCGUCGUGGCUUCUGUGUCUAAGGAAAACCCAAGGCAGCAUCGUAUGAAACUCGAUGUCUAUGGCGAGGUUCUACAGCGAAUCCAGGAUUCUAGUUACAGAGAAGCCAAUUUUCCUGAUUUCGAUGAUCAGCUCUGGCUCCAUUUCUACCGUCUUCCUGUUCGGUUUGCUAGUUUAGUUUCAACUGUUCACAGAGCAGAAGAUGUCCUCACUCAUCAGAGAUUGCUCAAAUUGGCUGAAGAUCCUGCAACUAGACCUGUUUUUGAAGUUCGUGGUGUGCAGGUUUUUCCCACAUUAAAUCGACAUUCUGCUGACGAUGAUCCUUCAGAUCCUGCG